CUCUGAAAAGUCCAGCUGCGUUUCACGAACAGAGAAGGAGCUUGGAGCGGGCCCGGACGGAAGAUUAUUUGAAACGGAAGAUCCGUUCCCGGCCGGAGAGAUCCGAGCUGGUCAGGAUGCACAUUUUAGAAGAGACCUCGGCCGAGCCUUCCCUUCAAGCCAAACAGCUAAAACUGAAGCGAGCCAGGCUGGCCGACGACCUCAACGAGAAGAUAGCCCAGCGGCCGGGCCCCAUGGAGCUGGUGGAGAAGAACAUCCUUCCGGUGGAGUCAAGUCUGAAGGAGGCCAUCAUUGUGGGACAAGUCAAUUAUCCCAAAGUGGCCGACAACUCUUCUUUUGAUGAGGACAGCAGUGAUGCCCUGUCCCCUGAACAGCCAGCCAGCCACGAGUCUCAGGGAUCAGCACCAUCACCGCUGGAGGGCAGAGGCAGCGAGGCCCUGGCCCCCUCAAUUUCUUUGUCCCCUCCUCAGGUGGUGUCCCAGCUUCAGGUGUGCCCCGAUUCCAGUGAACCUGCUUUCCUGGCAGAGCAACUGUCUCCUCUGCCAGCCCCACCUUUGCUGCCACCCAGCCUCCCCAACGGAGGGGCUGCUCCCACUGCCAAGCCCACCCCGACACUCAUUAAGGUACCAGUGGCCACUUUGGGAUGCCCUGGGCAGAGAUUCCCUGCAGUCAUCAUGGGGAGGAGGGGAGGUCUCUGGGGGAAGGAGGGGUCACGGCACCCCAGCAUGGAGCUGAUGGCACAAUGACACUCAGCGCUUCCCCCUCCCUCUGAGGCCUAUGUAAAAAAAUUGGAGACAAACAUCUGUGGGAGGGAAGGGGCAGGAGGCACUGUGGGCACUCGGCAGCCUCAUGUGGACCCGGAAAAUAAAGGGGCCUCCC